AUGUCCACCGCAAGCGAUAUCUCUGCUUUCGAGCACUCCGUCGAACCCGCUCCAGCUGAAACGCUCUUCCAUGAUAAGAAAUGGACCUAUAUUCAGGAUUCGACUAGUAACACUGGUCAAUACGCUGGUCAAAUUCAAUUCAACCUUUCCACGAUCUCUUCUCAAGCUGCGUUUGUCAACUGGGAAGAGGCUGUCAUUCAGCUUCCAAUCAAGCUUCAGAUUCUCAAUGCUGGAGAAUCUUCUGUUACCUUGACCGCUGCUUGUACCAUUGAUCAGCUUGUUCCUAAGACAGGUGCCUGGCAAUUCAUUGGUUCCGUUCAAGUUGUUGUAGAUGGCGUGACCGUUCAGACGAAUCAAGUUCAUGAAAAUGUGAAUGCUACGUUCAAGGCGCUAACCGAAUGGGACUACAGCUCCUACGUUAAACGAGGACCAACGAGCAGCUUCGUGCUAGAUGAAUAUCGUCUACCAAUUCCCGGAGUCGCACAAAAUCUUGACAACAUGGCAACAUCCAAUUAUAUUAACGGCACCGUUGGCGAAUGGGGUCUUUUUAACACAUUUUCGAAUGUAAGUGCGUACGAACGAUCGCUAUUCACCGCGCUUGAUCAAAGCAGCGGUAAACUUGCAUAUGAUAUCAUGGGAUCUAAUGCCAGUAUCCAAGUUGUGUCAAAGCCGCAAGUAUACGUCGCGCCAUCUGGCGCCGUUGCUGCCGGUGCUCCAUUUUACGUAGCUCAUUGUUUAGCCUGCAUUAAGCUCUCUGACUUAUCCGACUACUUCAAGAAAUGUACGGUUGCAGCAACGAAUAUUGCUAGCAUCAACAGUAACAUGAGCUCCGGCAUCACUUGCCCAAUUCUCUGGAAUGGUUCAUCCGCAAAUACAACCAGCACUGGCGAAUCAACUGGUUUAGCUAUUCCAGGAUCAACAAAUUUAUUAGUCACAGCCGAUGUUAAUGGUACUGCAACUUCGGGAAGUGGUAUUGCUCCAUCGCAGACUUUCUCUCGUCUACUGGUUCCAACGUAUAGCCCAAAUCCAUCAGCUGACAACGCUCUCAUCCCAAAGAAGACGUUCCGUUACUUUGAACGUGUAAUUAACAAGUUUACUGUCCAAGCCGGUCAGUCAUUUUCAUGGACGGUGACGAAUAAUAUUGCCAAUUCGAAGAAAUUGAUUAUGCAACCUGUUAUUACAAAUGUAACCCCUGGAUCAAGCUCUUUACCAGAUGUGAUCAAUCCAUUCCGUAGUUGCUUUUCAACGAUUCCAGCCACGACGAGUCCUUAUGCAGCUUUAAAAAAUAUCCAAGUAACGGUGGGUAACGUCCCAAUUUGGAAUAACCCUGCCAACUUCGGCUACGAUCUAUUCGUACAAGAAAUGUCAAAAUCUGGCGUUGAUGGUGGCCUCGAUGAUGUCACUAAAGCUGGCUUACUGUCUCAGCGUCUAUGGGAAUCACUGUACCGAUUCAUUGCUGUUGACAUUGGCCGUCGUCUACCCAGCGAAGAUGGUGCAAGCAAGUCGAUCACUUUUUCGGGCACGAACAGCACGAACUACGCGCUUACGAUUUAUUUUCAUAUUCUACGUGAAGUCGUAGCAACUGUAGAUACUGCUAUGGGCACUGUCUCUCAAGGCGCGGUUCAAAACUAA